AUGGGGAAGAUUGUGUUCUUUGAGGAUAAGAAUUUCCUAGGCCAAUGCCAUGAGUGCAGCACUGACUGCCCUGACCUGCGCUCUUACUUCAGCCGCUGCAACUCCAUCAAAGUGGACAGUGGCUGCUGGGUGCUGUACGAGCGCCCUAACUACACUGGUUACCAGUAUGUCCUGAGCCCCGGGGAAUACCCUGAUCACCAGAACUGGAUGGGAUUCAAUGACAGCAUCAAGUCAUGUCGCUGUAUCAAGAACGUAUAUGGAAAGUCCUGGAAGAUCAGAUUCUUCGACAAACAGGAGUUCGCAGGUCAAGUGGCAGAGUGUGUUGACGAUUGCCCAUCAGUUUUCGAGACCUUCAAGUUUCGGGAGUUCCACUCCUGCGUAGUGGUCGACGGUGCUUGGGUCCUCUACGAGCUGCCCGACUAUCAUGGACAGCAGUACUUCCUGGAACGUGGCGAUUACCACAACUAUUCAGACUGGGGUGCCUCCUCCCCGGCUGCGGGAUCCUUCCGAAGGGUCACAGAUUUCUAG